AUGCGGAGCUCUAAGAGGCCGGUGGUGGCUGAAGUACGUGAUGUUCCUCCGCCUCCUCUAGACAUCGAGGGGGUCCCAGCGUACUCUGUUCGAUCCAUUUUGGAUUCGAGACGUCGGGCGAGGGGCCUUCAGUACCUCGUGGACUGGGAGGGGUACAGGCCGGAGGAGAAAUUCUGGGUUCCGGUGGAGGACAUUAUUAGUAACAUCCACCGCAUCCGCCUGUGUCAGCCUUCCGCAUCUGCGGUGGAAGUGCUGAAUGUUGGCAUCGUCUUUACAGUGUUAGCAGAGUUGUCCUUCACUUGUGUCAUUGACCUUGUGAGUUCUUUGGAACAUGACUGUUUUCUCUCCGGAAUUAUGGAAUUCUACCAGAAAAUGGUUUGGACAGCCAUCGUGAUCUGCUACUGGGACGGAAUAGUGCACUUUAUCAUGUACCUCAUGAUGAUACACCGCUUAUGGAACACUGUUAUGUCUUAUCAUACCCUCGGUCUCUUCUGGGCUGGAUCGUUGUUUGCCAACAUGAGUGUCUUUGUGACAGGAGUCAUUGUAGGUCAAUUUGGGUCAGAUAUCCAUCCUGCUUUCUGGCUCAACAUGCCCUUCCUAUUGCUUCCUAUAUGAGGAGCGAUCAAGCUGUUCAACAUGCCCAAGACCGGGCCCACCCUCGGAGGAUACAGGGCCCAUUAUCAGCAAUUUUUUAGUCUCAUCUGGCGCACAACAGACCUUUUCCAGGUGCUGCUGAUACUGGGGGCCAUGUUCUUCACUCUCUUCAGGGGCUUGGUGAGCCAGCAGGGCCUGAAUACACACUUAGAAGUGUGUGUGUGUGUGUGUGGCCAGUAUGAGCCCUAUCUGAAGGACCCGGGGGGCUACCCCAAGGUUAUGAUUCUGCACUUCCUGUUCUACAUGCUGCCAAUGCUGGGGGCCAUUGUCUAUGGACUCAUAGUGCCUGGCUGUAUCUGGAUGCCUGAUUGAACUGUGUGAGGCAUUGCCCAGUGCCAGUGGGCCCACAUCGGGGCAUCCCUCCACCCAUGUACUGUGGUCCCAUUCCAGAUCCCAGGCAAGGCCUUCCUGGCUGUCCUUGCAGCCAACCUACUGUAUGGUCCACAGACGCGUAUGACCUCUGACGAGCCGGACACACCCGCCACAGGUGUGCUAACGAGCCACACCCAUGGCACGCCUUAG